AUGACAUUGUUUUCUGCGCUUGUUGUGGUAAUACUACAAGCUACGAGCGCUCUCGCAUCGACAUGUUGUAACCAGCUUCAACAACUUGGCGAUAGCCUCAGUUUUCCCAAAGAUAUGAUUUACAACGCCACGGUGUCUAGCUUUUGGUCGAUACAAGAGUCUGGGCUGCGACCAGCCUGUGUGCUACGACCUGCCACCGUCCUACAAGUUUCCAAGGCGUUGGAAAUUCUCAGCGGCAAUGUCGAAUGCAAGUUUGCCAUCAAGGGAGGAGGUCACGCUCCAGCAGCAGGGUUUGCUAACGUGAACCGUGGGGUUUUGAUUGACUUGACGACGUUGUCUUCUGUGUCCCUUAACCAGGACUCAUCAGUGGCAAGUGUCGGCGCUGGGGCAAAAUGGCUCGACGUCUACCAGCACCUCGAUGAGUCCGGGGUGCAAGUGGCAGGUGGGAGGAAUGGUAACGUUGGCGUUGGUGGACUAUUGCUUGGCGGAGGAAUAUCGCAUUUCACUACUCAAGUUGGCUGGGCUUGCGAUAACGUGGUCAACUAUGAGAUUGUACUAGCCAACGGAACAAUCAUCAACGCAGAUAAGACUAACCACCCAGACAUGUUCCUCGCGUUAAAAGGUGGAGGGAACAAUCUCGGUGUCGUCACACGAUUCGAUCUUGCAACGUUCCCACAAGGCGAUAUAUCUACAACGACCAUCACGUACAACAUAUCUCAGAGGGUUGAAGUCUUUGAAAUCUUCUCCAAGCUAAUUGAGUCGCCCAAAUACGAUCCAUUGGCGUCGCUAAUUACCAGUCUUCUUUAUCGUUCAGCAACCAAAACAUGGACACUAAGUUCCUCUGCGGUCUAUACUGAGCCAGUGGCCCAACCCGCGUUUUAUGCCGAUCUCUUUGCAAUUCCGCAUGAGACUCUGGUUAAAAAUAUAACGUCCUUGGCAGAGUAUUCAAAUGAGAAAGAUACAUUUUCUUUACGCAGUAAUUGGCAUUUUGCAACGAUAACCCUGAAGCCAUGUGUCGAAAAUAUACAAAAGAUGUUCGAUACUUUGAACGAUACAAUUUACUCUUUCGAACCAGAAGGUGGCGUGACUUGGAGCAUCGCCCUCGAGCCUUUGGUUGCAGCUAUGCUACCAAGUUCAGGGGAUAGAGAUAUACUUGGUUUGGAGCGUGCUUAUCCUGGUUUUAUUGUCCUGAUCUCCGCCCUGUGGCCAAAUUCGACUGCCAACUCCGAGGUCGAAGCUAAAGCUCGAUCGGUUUUGUCGACAUGGGAGGCCGAUGCGCAGUCAAGAGGGCUUUUACAAGAUUUCCAAUAUCUCAAUUACGCUGCUCCACAUCAAAGGCCCCUGCACUCUUAUGGUAAAGAUAGGCUUGACUUCUUGAAGUUGACUAGCGAGAAAUAUGAUCCUCCAAGGAUUUUUCAAAAGAACGUAGGAGGCUUCAAGCUCCAAAACUAA